AUGCUGAUAUAUCUUGUCCCCUCCUGCCUGGUAGAAGCCCUCAUCCUGGAUUCCCCAUCGUCUGGCCUGUGGCAGCAGGCGUGUUCUGGAAGGGGAAGCCCAGAAUCCAUCAUCACCGACUCAGUCACAACCGCCACGAGUCCGGCCUCUCCCGGGACGCCACCCACGCCCAACUGUCCCUCGGCUGCCCUCGCCCUGCCCUCGCUUAGGAACGAAGGCCUGCACCGCACACCCCCUGGAGUCGGCAAGGCUCAAUGCUGCAGCCCUGUCGACCGAAAAGUCAAAGGGGAUCGGGUCUCGAUGUCGGAAAAGGGUGCUCCUCCGGUACCCGUCACUCCCAGCCACACAACCGCAGGCGCACCUCCGCACCGUGAUCAAGAUUCCCAGUCUACCGGUGCCGCACGAGUAGUGGCGACCCAGCCCAGCGAAGGGGGGAAUGGUCACUACCAUGGGCCGGAAUCGAUAGUCCACCCUGCUGCUCCCGGCGGGGAGCUCCACCAGCCUCAGCAGCUUCCUCCAUCGAGGGUGCUUGGUGUUGCCAACAUUCUCAACUCGGCAGAGCAGCCUCGAUUUCUGCCCGCCGGAGGGCCGCAUCUCGCAGACCUUCACGGCCGGGCAGCCCUCUCGCCCGUACACGGUCCCCCGAGGCAGCACCACCCGGAAGGGUACGGCCGACCGCAGCUCCCGCCAGCCUCGUCGUCGGCGGAAGGCACGCCCAUCGGGGAGCUGGGACCGCCGACGUGGGUCGAAGACGCACAGCAGCAGAGAUCUGGGUUCGGCGCAGCAGCGGGAAUGGCUCGCGAGGGUCAGCAGGCCUUCAUGACGCUGCCGGGAAGCGGUGCCCCGAUCCCCAUCCACGUGGACUACUCGCAGGCGUCGAAGAAGGCGGACGAGAAGCGACAGAGGAACGCAAAGGCAUCGACACGGCACCGCCGCAAGCGGAAAGCCAUGCAGGAGGAGAGCGCACGGCAGCUGCAAAACCUUCGCGAGCAGAGGGAGGAGAUGGAGCUCCACGCCGAGGAGAUGACGGCCCAGCGGGACUUUUACAGAGACGACCGCAACCGCCUGCGCGAUAUUAUCCGCGCGACGCCGUCCAUAGCCGACCUCGCCUCCGGCCCACCCAGCCCGGUCUUCCAGCAGCGCAUAGUGCACACCUCGCUGCGCGAGUACAGCAGCGAGGACUCCCUCAUGGACCGGCAGCGGCGACCUGCGCAACGUCCCCGACUGCUAGAAGACAGGUCCGAGACGUCUGUUCCGCCGUACGGGACGCCGUCGGCCGCGACGUCGGCGGCUCACACGCCCGUUCAGGGGUCCACCACCGGCCCUACGUUUGAGCAGGAUCCGAGGACGGGACAGUGGAUUCCUAUGCAGCCGCGAAACUACGAGACGGGAUGGGCUACGUCUCAGUGGAAGCCGGGGGAUGGUGGACCCCCGAGAUGA